ACAGACUACAGCUACAAGAAGAAUAAGCUUUUGUAUAUAUAUUUGUUAACAUUUGAUCGUUUUGCUCGACUGAUGAUUAUAUUUAUUUUGUGUGUGUUUCGAGCAAAUGUCGUCCGUGUGAUGAUGCAAUUUACUGGUUCAUCGAUCGAUCCAGAUAAAAAAAAAGCGCGCAUAAUCACACAUUUUUAUUAUAUAUUUUUUUAAAAAUUGAAAUUUAAAAUUUGUAUGAUAUUUUUAUUUGUUGAUUUGACAAUCAUUCGAAUGAAUAAAUCACUAAAAUGGCUCCACAAACUAGAUCAUCAACAGCGAGAAACUUUGAUAACAAUCAUAUCGGACAUAAUAAUGGCCGUAAAACUUUGAAUAACUCAAAAAAUGUCACUAAAAAUGUUCAACCAACUGAUGAUCUCAACAAUAUCUAUGAUUUGAAUGAUGAUGGUAUUGAAAACACAAACGACCACACCAUUCAUGCUAAUGGCAUAACAAAUCAAUGUUCGAAAUGUUCGUCGAUUUUUGAAAAAAUUGAACAAUUAUGUAAACAUUUAAAAUCCGAACAUAAUGUUAUUCAAUGUCCAAAAUGUUUGAAAGAAUUUUUACGAAAAUCUCAUCUUGAACGACAUAUUCGUGAUGUUUGUUUCACAUCGAUGAAUGGUCGAUCAGCCAAAAAAUUUAAUUGUUCUUUUUGUGACCGAAAAUUUACUCGUCACGAUAAUUUACAGCAACAUAUACGAAAAAAACAUUCGGAACAUGUAGACAAAACAACAUCGAAACAGAAAAAAUUUGACUGUAAAGUUUGUGGUAAAUAUUUUAACACACCAAGCCAUGUGAUCAUUCAUGAACGAAUUCAUACUGGUGAAAAACCGUUUAAAUGUUCACAUUGUGAAAAAUCAUUCAACAAUAAUGGUGCAUUACAAAAACAUAAUCGUGUUCAUACGGGAGAAAAACCAUACGAAUGUAAUGUUUGUGGUUAUAGAUUUGCAUUACAAGGAACGUUGAGUCGUCAUUCAAAAAUACAUACAGGCAUUAGACCACAUAAAUGUGAAUUUUGUGGUAAAGAAUUCAUACAAGCAAGUAAUCUUAAAGCUCAUCUAUUCUUUCAUACUGGCCAGAAUGGUUUCAAAUGUGAUCAAUGUGACAAACAAUUUAAUCGUAAAUCACGAUUAACUUUGCAUAAAAAAUAUCUACAUGAAAAAGAGAAACCAUUUAUUUGUCCAUCAUGUAAAAAAGCAUUCACACGAAAAGAAGAUUUAAGUCGCCAUCUAUUUCUACAUACUGGACUGAAAAAUCAUCAUUGUGUUUAUUGUACUAAAAGUUUUGCCAUUAAAGCUUCAUUGAAUGUUCAUAUGUUGACACAUCGCAAAGAAGAGCCGAUAUCAUGUAAAAAAUGUAGCCAUGCAUUCAUUCGUAAAGAUUGCCUAAAGCGACACAUUCGUAAAGCUCAUCGUGAUGAAGCCGAUGAUUUGCUCAUUCAACAUUGUUUUGUCGAUAAAAGACAAUAUACUAAUCUAAACAAAGAGAAUUCACAAUUGAUAAACAAAAUGGAAUAUCGUCUUGUGCAACGAAAAAUCAGCGAUGAUAAACUUUGUCAAGCUAUUCGUGAACUAUUAGCCUAUGUUGUUAAUCAUGAACUAUUGCAAGGAUAUGGAUGGCCAAAUAAACCUGUGGAUUUAUUGUUAGAAUCAUUGAUUAAACAAUGUAAUCAUGAACCAGUUAAAGCUGAAGAUUAUAAUUUUUAUGAUCGUCUCAGAGAAAAUGUUAAACUUUUAUUCACUGUUGUCAUCGAAGAUGAAUCAUUGAAAGAAACAUUAGAAAUGAAAACUGUUGAUGAAGUGAUUGCCGAUGUCAUCCAAGAGGCAAGCGAAGAAGCAAAAUUCAAGAAAGAACUUGAAUUGAAGAAAAAAACCGAAAAUGAUAAAACAACCAAAACAAAAGCAGAAUUAAAAGCUGAACGUCGAGCUUUACAAGAAUCACAACGUGCCGCAAAAUCUGUAACCGGUGCAGGUCAACAAUCGUCACAAACAAAACAACAGAUUGAAGCUCAGAAAUUAAAACCUGCUAUUGGUGAAUCAAAAAAUUCUAAACCGGUCGAUACGAAUGUACGAAUGAAAUUGAAAUCGCCUGAUAAAAUGACUAUCGAUGAGCACAAAAAUAGAACGAUUCCUAGCCUUGCCAAACAAGAAUCCAUUUUAUCUAACAAAGAGCUUCCGAUCAAAAUUUUUUCACAUCUUCCACGAAGAAUUUCUGAUUUGAAUAAAAUUCCUACAGAUUCAGUGCCACCAAUCGUCAUCAAGAUUGGUUAUCAGAUCAACAAAGAUUUGAUCGAAGAUCCGACUGCCCGUUGCGUAGCCAUGUUGGUAGCCUUCCAAGAAGUGAUCAAACAAUAUCAACCCAUUAAAGAUAUUAAAAGAGAAUUGCAGAAAAUUCUUUUUGAAGAUUGUGAAUUAUUUAUACACAAAUGUCGUCCAUUAUCAAUCAGUAUGAUCAAUGCCAUCAUGCAUUUGAAAAUGAUCUUUUCACGAAUAUCUUCCGGUCUGGAUGAUUCGAAUUUUCGUUCAAAAGUUUGUGAUGCCAUCCAUACAUUUAUUCAUGACGAAAUAAUGUGUUCGCGUGAUGCAAUAUCGGCUGUACAUGCAUUGAAAAUUUUUCCAAUUAAUUCGAAAGAAACACAAACCAUCCUGACAUUAGGCUGUUCAACGAUAAUGCAGCAAAUAUUUUUGAAUGCUAUUGAUCAAAAUGUUCAAUUCAAUGUUAUUGUUGUCGAUACUAGUCCUCGAUUUGAAGGCCGAAAAAUGGUUGAAUUUUUAACUAAACAUCAUAUUCCUACCACCUAUGUUUUGAUCAAUGCUAUAUUAUACGUAAUGAAAAAGGUGGACAAAGUGAUAUUAGAAGCUCAUUCAGUACUAUGUAAUGGUUAUGUCAUGUCAACAGUUGGUUCAUCACAAAUAGCUUUGGUUGCACAAGCAUAUAAUGUUCCAGUAAUUGUUUGCUGCGAAACAUAUAAAUAUUCGGAUCAAGCAUAUACCGAUUGUUUCAUACAAAACGAACUAGGUGCUGAUUCAAUGAAAAGUUUUUUUGAUUGCUCAUCAAAGAAUGCAAAUCUUUAUAAUGAUGAUCCAAACAUUGCUGCAAAUCUCAAUUUUCUAGAUCUUUUUUAUGAUCUAAUUCCACGAGAAUUGAUAUCAGCUGUUAUCACUGAAAAAGGUUUCCUACCUUGUACAUCGGUACCGGCUAUACUUCGUUUCCGUGAAACAGUCAGAUAGCCAAAUCAAGCCAAAAUGUAAAAGAUGUGAAAUUUUUAAUUGUCAAUCUCAAAUUCCGAUCAAUGAUAAUAAAUAUCAUCUCUGGUGAGGUAACCAUAUUUUUAAUCAAU